GCGUCACCUCCGCCGGUGCCGUCGGCGGCCGCGUUGAGCGGUCGGACCACUAGCGGUGGCGGCAGCGGCGGUGGUGCUACUCCUGGCACACAGUUGUUCUCUAGUCUCCAGCAGCAGUACAAGAACGAACUCCAACAGCAUCAGCAGCAACAGCAGCAUCAGCAGCAGCACCAGCAGCAUCAACAGCAACAGGAGCAGCUGCAACUGCAGCAUAAUCUUCAUCAUCAUCACCAUCAGCACCAUCAACUGCACCAUCAGCACAGCAGUAACAUGGUCACUCACUAUGCCGCCUUAGGAAGCGCGUUUUACACGUACUGAUUCGUAAGAACGUGUACACGUGUCACCACGCGAUGAUGAGCCGUCGCUAUCGUCCUAACACGUGUUGCCACGUCGCACAAGACUUAACGUGAAUGUAAAUAAAUGAAAAUAUACUCGUGUACAUAACUCGUUUCUAUUAUUACUGUUUCAUCUCUCUCGUGUAGCGAAGAAAAAAUAAUCAUAUUAUUAUUAUUAUUAUUAUUAUUAUUAUUAUUAUUAUUACAAUUAUUACAAUUAUUAUUAUUAACGUUUUCAUUAGUGUUACUACUUUGGCGAUGUUUUUGAUCCGCUUCACGCGCAUAGGGUAAAAUAAAAAAAUAAAAUAUAUUAUUUAUAUGUAUUGUGCGUUUAAAUAAUUGAAAAAAAAUUGAAUAAUAAACCGUUUGCGGAGCCGGCAAUCGAAUGUGCCGCCGGACGCCACAGCUUUUGUUCUUCGUCGUCGUCGAUUUACUUCUAUAAUAAGAUAUUUUAAUGUACGCAUACUGUAUAUACUUCUAAGUUUAUGUACAUAUUUAUAUACACAUGCCGUAUUCGUAUAGAUGUUAUGUGUGUACAGA